ACUUGAAAUUUAAGUACGAAGACCUGUAAAGCUGGUUGGGACAAGGUGGCUGGCUCAUCAUCACCGUGCACUAAAUUCAUUCUCACACAAUUGGCCAGCAGUGAUUGUGCACCUUGAGGAUCUCAGUCAAACCGGUGACAGCACAGAUCGGUUUACUGCUACAGAAUUGUUAAAAACUCUGAAAUCUUUAGAGUUGAUCUACUUCAUGAACUUCAUGCUUACAUACCUGGCUAUAAUGGCUGAGCUGUCUUUGGUUUUGCAAAGAAACACAACCACUGUAGAUGUUGUCAUUGAGAAAACCUGUGCAGUAAAGCAACAGCUACAAAAUGUGCUUGCUCCAACAGAACUGAAUGCUAUUCUGAUAAAUGGGCUUGAUGAUCCUGAAAAUCCUACAAAAUUCAGGUCUCUAGAGUUGGAAACAAGACAGCCCAGAAGCACCAGGAGUAAUGCAACUGUGUCCUGCAGUGACAGUGAAAGCGUACAAUCAACUUGCAAGGGUGCAGUAAGUGUAAAACAAAAAGUUGCUCUUCAGGCCACAAAGAUUAUUGAAGGAACAGUCAACAACAUCUCAAAGAGAUUUGAGCCCUUGUUUUCUCAUCGAGUCAUGAAGGCUGCAGCAGCCAUAAUAAACCCUGCAAAUUGGCCAGAAUCACUAGAAGGCCUCGCAGAGUAUGGGGUAGAAUAUGUAAAAGAUUUGUACUCUCAUUUCAGAGGACUUUUAGAGAACAGACAUGUUGAUCCAACGCAAUGCCAGCUACAGUGGAUUGAGCUAAAACUGCAUUUGUCGAAGAAACGCUGCUUGGAAAUGGAGUCACAAAAUAAGCAAAAACAAAAGGUUACAAGAAACUCUCAUCAGAACACAUUCCUGAACCCCAUCAGCAUGUGGUCAACAGUGCUCUCAGAUGAGGAGUAUCAGCUGAGGUUCAACCAUAUCUUCCCCAUCAUCAGGAUUAUUCUGGUUUUGCCAGUGCACACAAGUGAACUGGAACGUGGAUUUAGUCACAUGAAUGUCACCAUGAAUAAUCAGCGCACUCAUCUCACAACAGAAUCAUUGACAGAUCUGUUAACAAUCAAGCUUAGUGGACUAGACUUCAGGACAUAUGACCCAAUUGGGGCAAUUAUGAAGUGGUGCCCAUGGAGAAACGAGGGGAAGAUCAAACGCAGACUGAACACUAGACCCUAUGGUCCCAGAAGUAAGCAGUUCAAGCCUGGGGAGCCCAAUGACAUGGAGAAGUCAAAGUCUCUGCCAUGCCCACAGUUUCCCUACACAUCAUGGCAGUCAGACUCCUCUGAUGGUGAACCUAGUGAUGACGAUCACGAUUGUUGA